GUUCAUUGACAAUACAAGACCAAUGCCCUAUUUAAAUGAAUAAAAAAAAAUACGACAUCUCCCUCAAUUUCGCAUGGCCGCACGACACGAAUACGCUCCAGUAACCCCCUUCGAAGAUCCCAUAAACAGUUUCGUCGGGAUCACUUCUGCACUAAUACACGACUGCAUCGAGUACCACCAGGGUCGGGGAACCCUCGUAUCCCUCUCGAUCCAGAACGCCGACCUCCCACAGCGGUACUGGUGCCUUUCCCGGCUAGCAGAGCUCCGGGAUCAGGAUGGUAGGGACUCGCAGGAGCUACGCCACGUCCUCCGUCGGGUCGCGGAGGAGUGGAUUGGGGAGUCGGCACGACGGGGGAGACAGAGAAGAGACUUUGAACGAUUUCAUCUCCGGUUCAGCGAGUUUGUGAGGGAAGUCCGGCAGAGUCUGGCCCUGAGUGACUCGGUUGCUCUGCGCGGACACCGGGAUAGGAUCCGGGCGUUUUUGGGUGUGCAGAGAGUAGGAGCUCCUCAGGGAGGCCUGAAUGACGCGCGCGUUGGUGAUAGACGAGAGGCGGUUGCUUUGUAUGAUGUUUUGCAGGGCCUUGACGCAUUGUUGCAUGGGCGACGGAAUCAUGGCAAUAUCCUCUCACAGCUUGUUUCGCUAGACACCGACAAUCUCCUCAUUCGACAUCCGGACAUGGAAGAGCUCAUCAUGGCACGAGAUGUUAUCUGCGGGAUCGUCCCUGGUCCGUCGAUCCUGACGUUUGAGACUGCAGUGAGAAGGUUCUUCGUGUCGCUCCUUGCGACGAGGGGAAUGAUCAGAUUCUUUCAGGAACGACAGAAGUUGGCGCGGCUGUGUGAGCGUGUUGUGUUUGGUGAGCAGGAUGCUGUGGAUGCGCUUGAUGAGGCGCGUCAGGUUUUACAUCAAGAAGCUCCCAAUUCACAGCCACAGCCACAGUAGCCUACCCAUCGUCUUCACGAUCCUGCACCGUACAAGAAGCGUCAUCACAUCCACCAUCUACACUGGUGCGAUUCGACUACAUGUCGGCAAGAGACCAGGCGCACCGAAUCUCCUUCGCAUCCUCCACCGGCGUCAUCAUCUUGGUACAACUCUCCACCCCACCUAUUCCCUAUCGCCCCCUUCGACCCCGAUCACCCCCCGCCAGUGCCUUCUCCUUUCAUCCCACCUGAGCCGCAAUUCCCAUCUCACUCUCAGACCGGACGAUUUACUUACUGGGUCCAAUGACUGAUGUGUUGAUUCUUUAUAACUUAUAUUAUUUAAUAUUAUUAUAGACAUACUACUGGAGAGAAAGCCUUCAGAUGUUACAACUUGUGAUUUCUGUCUGUUCGCCAACACCAACACCGAUCCUAUCUCGGGUCCGAUGCC